ACUUCAGAAAAAUGUUAAGCUGAAAUUUCAUUCAUCUAUCAAUCGAAGAGUCACAAAGCUCAAAAAAAUUACUCAGGAGAAUUGAUUUUUCGAGAGUGUUCGUGUUCUCUUUGUACUUUUUUCGAUAUACAUGUAGCUUUGCCUAGUUCAUCUGGUUGAUUCCUCAAGCUGCGAUCAGUUUGAGCAAGAAGAUGACCAAUCCAAAUAAUGUUGAGCUGGAGGCAGCAAAGUUUCUGCACAAGCUUAUUCAAGAGUCUAAGGAUGAGCCGACUAAAUUGGCUACAAAGCUUUAUGUGAUUUUACAACAUAUGAGAUCCAGCGGGAAGGAGAGCUCAAUGCCUUAUCAAGUAAUAUCAAGGGCAAUGGAGACUGUCGUCAAGCAACAUGGUCUUGACAUUGAGGCUUUAAUGUCCUCGCGUCUUCCUGUGUCUGCUGCAGCACAAGCAGGAGAAGCUGCAUCAUCACAAGUAGCUGGAUCUUCACAGAGGCCAGGGGUUAAUAGAGACUCUAAAGCAAAUUUUCUGGGAAAUGAGAUGGUUAGCGGUCCAAGCGGCAGCGGACAUGGUAUUUAUCAAGCAUCUGCACCCCACAUAAGUGGUACAGGUGUCAAACUUCCUGUAAUGGCGCCUCCUGCUUCUAAUUCAUCUCAGCCAGUAGAGGCAGGAAUUUCAAGUCCAAUGCAGUUUGGAAGUCCUUCAAUUGAUAAUCAUGGUUAUGCUGCAAAAUUGCACAAAGAUGGAAGCACAGAACCUUUCUCUGGUCCCACCUCGGCUGAUCUUGUUGUUGGCAGAACUGCAGCGGGAAGAGCACUAGAGCAUGAAGGAGGAUCUAAUAUGUUAGGAAAUGCUAGCAAGAUCAGUCAGGGGGGCAUGCCCAACAAUGUCCCAGAGAAGAGUAUACUUAGAAGUGAAACAAUCAGAGAUGCAGGGAUGUUGUCUGUUGCUGCUCAGGCUCCUGUAUCUACCAUGCCUUUCAAAGAACAUCAUUUGAAACAGCUUAGGGCACAAUGUCUUGUGUUUUUGGCUUUUAGGAAUGGUUUAAUGCCAAAGAAGCUUCAUCUUGAAAUUGCACUUGGAAACUUCUAUCCGAAAGAAGAUCGCAGAGAAUUGGUUGACCAUAAAGGAAGGGAGCAACUGGUUACUGACCAAGGCAGUGCAUCUGAAGUCACACGGACAUUUGGAGGAGCUGGCGAAACUGACAGGCUUUCUUCUGGUCCUACACCUUCUGGAAUUCUUACUGAUACAAAUUCGUCAAUGGAGGCUGAGAAUGCAAACUUGAUGGAAGAUAAAAAUAGUCAGCUUGAUCCUUCUGAGCAUGCUGACGAAAGGAGACCUCAAAGAAAAAUGAGAAUGAUUCAGGAUGCUGAAAUGUCCAUCCAGGAUGCUACAGAAUCACAGGCAUCUGCUCUUAGAGGAGUUCUGACUGAUCCGAAAUCCUUUCCUCCCUAUAAUCAUGAGAAUGCUCCUGCAAAUACUGAACAACUUGGAAUGUUUCCUCAAGCUUCCUCUGUUAUGGGCACAAGCAAGCAAAUGAAGCCUGAUCUGAGUGGUAGGAGUGGAACUGAGGCUUCAAAGGUAUCACCACCUGCCUCUGCCAAUACCCAUGGAUUGGGUCUGCUAGUGAGAGAUAAUCAUACUGGUCAUUCUCAAAAUCUUGUUGAUAGCAAUGCUCAAGGAAAUCGACAUGCUGAUAGUAACUUGCCUAGUUUACCCUUGAGGCAACAGUGGAAAUCUGUUCCUGGAGUAAUUAAUCAGAGUCCUACAAUGAUGCAAGUGAAGGAUUCAAAUAUAACGCUGAAAAAUCUGUCACAAGUGCAAGAAACAGAUCAAGAGGAUGAUAAUAUUUCAGCAUCCACAGAUAGGUUAUCAUCUCCAAGGCAUACAAUGCUGGAGAAAUGGAUUCUGGAUCAACGGAAAAGGAAGCUUAUUAGUGAACAGAAAUGGUCGAAAAAACAGCAAAAAACAGACGAAAGAAUUGCUGCUUCUGCUGAGAAGUUGAAGGAAUCUGUGAGCUCCUCUGAGGAUAUCUCUGCAAAAACAAAAAGUGUCAUUGAGCUGAAAAAGCUUCAAUUGCUGGAGCUGCAGCGUCGUUUACGGAGUGAAAUUCUCUAUGAUUUUUUCAAGCCAGUAGCAACUGACAUGGAGCGUUUAAAAUCAAUCAAGAAGCACAGAAUUGGAAGGAAAUCAAAGCAAUUUGAAAGAUAUGAACAAAGAAUGAAGGAGGAACGUCAAAAGAGAUUUCGUGAGAGACAGAAGGAGUUUUUCAGUGAGAUUGAAGUUCAUAGGGAAAGAUUGGAAGAUGUAUUCAAAAUGAAGAGAGAACGCUGGAAAGGUUUCAAUAAGGGUGCGAAGGAGUUCCAUAAAAGGAAGGAACGGAUACAUCGUGAGAAGAUUGACAGGAUCCAACGUGAGAAGAUUAAUUUACUGAAAAUCAAUGAUGUUGAGGGAUACCUUCGAAUGGUUCAGGAUGCAAAGUCGGAUCGUGUUAACAAACUACUAAAAGAGACGGAAAAGUACCUCCAAAAGCUUGGAUCCAAAUUAAAGGAGGCCAAAUCAAUUGCAAGAAAAUUCGAGACCGACAUGGGUGAUAAUAGAAACUCAGGUGUGGUUGAGGAGGAUGAAAUUGACUUUGGUGAUGCGGAUGAAACAGACCAGGCUAAGCAUUACUUGGAAAGCAAUGAAAAAUACUAUUUGAUGGCACAUAGUGUAAAGGAGACCAUCGCAGAGCAGCCUAGUUCUCUCAAAGGUGGAAAAUUACGGGGGUACCAAAUGAAUGGAUUGCGAUGGUUGGUUUCACUCUACAAUAACCAUUUGAAUGGAAUUUUAGCUGAUGAAAUGGGCCUUGGUAAAACUGUUCAGGUUAUAUCCCUUAUGUGUUACCUGAUGGAAACCAAAAAUGACAGAGGACCUUUUCUGGUGGUAGUGCCAUCCUCUGUCCUACCCGGAUGGGAGUCGGAGAUAAACUUUUGGGCACCAGAUAUGCUCAAGAUAGUUUAUUCUGGACCACCAGAAGAGCGGAGGAAGCUUUUCAAGGAAAGAAUUGUUCAUCAAAAGUUCAAUGUUCUUUUGACGACAUAUGAGUAUUUAAUGAACAAACAUGAUAGACCAAAACUAAGUAAAGUGCAUUGGCACUAUAUCAUAAUUGAUGAAGGGCAUCGCAUAAAAAAUGCUUCUUGCAAGUUGAAUGCUGAUCUGAAGCACUACCGCAGUAAUCAUAGGUUACUGUUGACGGGCACUCCUCUUCAGAACAAUCUUGAGGAGCUCUGGGCACUACUUAACUUCCUUUUGCCAAAUAUCUUCAAUUCAUCAGAAGACUUCUCACAAUGGUUUAACAAGCCAUUUGAGAGCGGUGACAGCUCACCUGAUGAAGCUUUGCUCUCAGAGGAGGAAAAUCUUUUGAUCAUUAACCGUCUGCACCAAGUUUUGCGUCCAUUUGUUCUUAGGAGAUUGAAACACAAGGUUGAGAAUGAAUUGCCUUCAAAGAUUGAAAGACUGGUUAGAUGUGAAGCUUCUUCGUAUCAGAAGCUUUUGAUGAAGCGAGUGGAAUACAACCUUGGUGCAUUCGGAACUUCAAAGGCUCGGUCAGUCCACAAUUCUGUUAUGGAGCUGCGCAACAUUUGCAAUCAUCCGUAUCUUAGUCAGCUUCAUGUGGAGGAGGUUCAUGAGCUAGUUCCUAAGCAUUAUCUGCCAACCUUUGUGAGACUUUGUGGGAAGCUUGAGAUGUUGGACAGAUUACUGCCUAAACUUAAGGCAACAGAUCACCGGGUCUUGCUUUUCUCAACAAUGACCAGGCUGCUUGAUGUAAUGGAAGAUUAUCUCUGCUGGAAGCAAUAUAAGUACCUUCGCUUGGAUGGACAUACGUGUGGGGGUGACAGAGGUGCCCUUAUUGAUAAAUUCAAUCAGCCUAAUUCUCCCUUCUUUAUAUUUCUGUUGAGUAUUCGUGCUGGAGGUGUUGGAGUAAAUCUUCAAGCUGCUGAUACAGUUAUAAUUUUUGACACAGAUUGGAAUCCUCAGGUUGAUCUUCAAGCACAAGCAAGGGCUCAUAGGAUAGGUCAAAAGAAGGAUGUUCUUGUUCUUCGAUUAGAAACAGUCCAAACUGUUGAGGAACAAGUAAGAGCUGCUGCUGAGCAUAAACUUGGAGUUGCUAACCAAAGCAUUACUGCUGGAUUCUUUGAUAAUAACACAAGUGCGGAAGACCGAAGGGAGUACUUGGAGUCCCUCUUGCGAGAAAGCAAAAAAGAGGAAGAUGCACCUGUUCUUGAUGAUGAUUCUUUGAAUGAUCUUAUAGCACGAAGUGAGCCAGAGAUUGAUAUAUUUGAAUCAGUUGACAGGAGAAGGCGUGAAGAAGAGAUGGAAAUCUGGAAGAAGUUAUGCUUAGAAAGUGGAACACAAAGUUCAGAACUCAUUCCUCCUUUGCCCUCUCGACUUCUUACUGAUGAUGACUUGAAACCAUUCUAUGAAGCAAUGAAAAUAUCUGAUAAGCCAGUUGUGGCUCCUAGCCCUGGGUUAAAAAGGAAGGGUCAGAGUCUUGGGGGUCUUGAUAUCCAACAUUAUGGACGUGGAAAAAGAGCAAGAGAGGUUCGUUCGUAUGAAGAGCAAUGGACGGAAGAGGAAUUUGAGAAAAUGUGCCUUGCUGAGUCUCCCCAAUCACCUAGUCUAAAGGAAGAAAUUCAAGAAAAGAAUUCCCCUUCAGCCUCUGGCACUUGUCCUGACCCUGUAGUUGCCAAUAGUGAAAUACAAACCCCAGCACCGUAUCAGCCUCCUCUCCAGCAGCCUGUGCAAGAACUUUCUCAACAGCCUGUGCAAGAACUUCCCCAACAACAUGUUGGACCCAUAGUUCAACAAAGCCCUGUGACUGUGACUCCGUCAUCUAAACGGGGCCGGGGAAGACCAAGGAGGACAGCAAUAGUGACUGAAAUUUCACCGUCCCCUGUCGUUAUUUCAGCAAUUGCAGCUAGUGUAAAGGUGGAUAGCAAUACCAUUGCAGAAAAUACUUCUACUAGUCAGGCAACUUCUGGGCCUGUUUCUGUGUCUUUUCCUUGUGCUUCUUCCGUAGAAAGUACCAGCGCAACCAUCCUACAGAAUGUAACUGGUGUUGCUCCCAGCCAUCAGUCAAGUGUACCUUCUGUUGCUGUUGUUUCUCAGUCUGGUCCUCCUUGCCCUCCUACAAGUGGACAGGGAAGGGGCCGAGGUAGAGGCCGAGGCCGAGGUCGAGGUCGAAAGCCUCAAACUGGAGGAGAAGCUCCAGGGCGUAGAGGAAAACAACAGAAUGUUACAGCAGAGGCUUUCCCCACCCCUCCAACUCAAGCAGUAAGUGAGCCUGUCUCUGCAGUGCAAGGUGUGAAUGAUAUGAGUUCUACUCACCAUAUGCCCCCAACACCUCCUGCAGUGGGUGAGCCUGAUCUGGUGCCACAGGUGGUGGCAGGUUUGGGUUCAAAAAACCUUGGUCAUGCUCCUGUUUCCAUGAGAGAUGCUAGUAAGGAACUGAAUUCGGUUGUGCCUCUUGCAGCAUCUUCCUCUAGCAAAGAAUUAACCCCUGUUUCGACUGUUUCUGUUAUUCCAUCAUCUGCUGCCAGUCAGGACCCUAGUUCAAUUUCACCUCCAGGUGUCCUUCAAUCAUCCUCCAGAAACCAUUCAGACCAUCUUUCCCUCUCUGCUGCCCAGACCGAAGCUACUCUGCAGGUGAAUUCAAUUUCAGUAGUUCCUCAUAGUUCACCUUCAGCUGGCAAGGAAACGAGUUCUGUGUCACCUGUUCCUCUUCAGUCAUUAACUUCAAAGGACUCCAAUUCAGUUGUACCUACUGUUGUUCCUGCAUCAUCGUCUGCUUGCGUGGAACUAAGUUCAGUUUGCCCUCUUCCUGCUGUUGCACCCUCUCCCAGCAUAGGUCAUAAUUCUGUAUGUGAUUCUUCUAACUUGAAGAGCACUUGUCAACAAGAAUCUGGUGUAGUAACUGCUCAUACUUCUGAUCCAGUUCCACCAUUGCCUGUGAUUUCAUCAGUUUCACAGUAUAGUACUCCUCCCACUGCACCUAAGCCAGGUAGAGGACGAGGACGCAAGGCUCAAACUGGAAGUGAGGCACCACGGCGCAGGGGGAAGAGACAGGAUUUGGUCACUGCAGCUGUUACUGAAGGGUUAAGUGCUCAGGAUCCAAGAUUAAUUGAACCCCCACAAAAGAGAACCAGGUUAUCCGUUGGGAGGAAGCCCACUACAAGAAGCAAGCGUGAGAAUGAAUCUCAACAAGUAGUAGACCAAUCUGUUGCAUCUCAAAAGACUCCAGAUUUUGCUGGUGGGGAAAUCCCUAAGAAUAUGGUUUCUAGUGAAGUUAAUCCACAUAACAGUGCAAUCAACAGAGAUGCAUCUCAAUCCCAUGCUAUUCCGGUUCCUAGUCAAAUGGGUGAUAAUCUAAUUGGUGACGUUGCUACUGCUGAAGAGGAUCUCGAUGAUGCUCAGCAAAAGGAGAAUGUGGUCCAAUCUGUUACAUCUCAAAGUUGCUCUAGUCCUCAUGUUGAGCCGCAGAUUAACACGGUCAACUCUGAUGAUUCUCCUUCCCAGGAACAAACAGCUAUUGUCCACUUAGAUGCUUCUCAAAAGAUUCCAUAUCCUGGCACAGGACAAAUCCCUCAAGCUAUGGCGUGUUGUGAAGUUGAGCUACAUAGCAAUGCUAUCAAAUCCGACGAAUCACAAGCCAGUGGCGAUGUUGCUAGCUGUGAAGUUGCCACGACAAAGGAAGUUCUUAGUGAGGAUCAACAAACAAUGAAGGUUAAGUCAGCUGCAUCUCAGACACCUUCAGUUCACUCUGUUGGGAAAAUGCCUGAAGAUAUAGGUUGUGAGGUUGCCACGACAAAGGAAGUUCUCACUGAGGAUCAACAAACAAUGAAGGUUCAGUCAGCUGCAUCUCAGACACCUUCAGUUCACUCUGUUGGGAAAAUGCCUGAAGAUAUAGGUUGUGAGGUUGCCACGACAAAGGAAGUUCUCACUGAGGAUCAACAAACAAUGAAGGUUCAGUCAGCUGCAUCUCAGACACCUUCAGUUCACUCUGUUGGGAAAAUGCCUGAAGAUAUAGGUUGUGAGGUUGCCACGACAAAGGAAGUUCUCACUGAGGAUCAACAAACAAUGAAGGUUCAGUCAGCUGCAUCUCAGACACCUUCAGUUCACUCUGUUGGGAAAAUGCCUGAAGAUAUAGGUUGUGAGGUUGCCACGACAAAGGAAGUUCUCACUGAGGAUCAACAAACAAUGAAGGUUCAGUCAGCUGCAUCUCAGACACCUUCAGUUCACUCUGUUGGGAAAAUGCCUGAAGAUAUAGGUUGUGAGGUUGCCACGACAAAGGAAGUUCUCACUGAGGAUCAACAAACAAUGAAGGUUCAGUCAGCUGCAUCUCAGACACCUUCAGUUCACUCUGUUGGGAAGAUGCCUGAAGAUAUAGUGAGUAAUGAAGUUCUGCCACAGUGUGAUGCUAUACAAACAGAUGCAUCUCAAUCCCAUGUCACUCUUGCCUCUUCAGGAUCAAUGGCUCCAGUUACUGAUUGCCUGGUUGAAAAGAGUGAAGGUAAUUCUAAGGGUGACGAUGGUGAAAAGACUGAAACUAAUUCUAUAGAUGGGUCAAACAUGGAAGUUCCCAUUGGAGCUUUGGAGCUUACAUCAUCUGACGAUCUGAACAAGAGUGGAGAUGCAGAAGGGAAAACUAGCAGCAGUUUAAGCGGGGUCCUUCCCACAAGUUCUGAGUUAGUUCCCCAUCCAAGCACAGAGACAGAGGUAUAUCUGGGUUCCGUAGGCUCCGGGAAAGUAAGUUUUAGUUCGGGAUCAACUCAAAGCCUGUCUGAGAGUGUGUCUGCAAAAACUGAUGUUGAACAGUUACAGACUGAGGAUCUUCCUCUGGAUAAAUCAUUUGUUUCUAAAGCUGAGGCAGCCAGCUCUGAGCAUCUCGCUGGUGGCAUACUUGGAACAGAACAGGAAACCGGAGGCACCAUGGAGGAGACUGUUGUUUCACCUGCUGUGGAGACUGACAAUCUGAAUAUGAAGGGAAUCGCAUCAUUUGCUUCUCCAUCUACUGAGGCAGAAUCUUUAGUGGAUGAACCUCCAGUAUGUGGAUCUUAUGAACCAGCCAAGGACAAACUUGAAAAAACAGCAGAAGGAACACAUUCCGAUAAAGGUGCAAUGGCCGAGGUUUGUGAACAAGAUAAGUUAUCAGUUAACGUGUCAUUGGAGACAACUAAAGGUUUAAGUAGGGGGGAGAAAGAAAAAUAUAGGAUUCCAGAAACUUUUGAGAAGCAAGUUAAUGUUGCUGAAUCCCUAACAGAAGAAUGUGGAAAAGAUCUUGCAGCACAUGGUCCAGAAAUGAAAGAUUCUGAUGUAAGUGAGGUUGCACCAAGCCCUAGAAAUGAGUCCCAAUCCAGUUUUACUGUUGGAACAUCUCAAAGAACUUUUGAGGAGCAAGUUAAUGUUGCUGAAUCCCUAACAGAAGAAUGUGGAAGUGAUCUUGCAGCACACAGUCCCGAAAUGAAAGAUUCUGAUGUAAGUGAGGUUGCGCCAAGCCCUAGAAAUGAGUCCCAAUCCAGUUUCACUGUUGGAACAUCUCAAAGUGAACCUGAACGACAAGCAAUUGCUGAAGCAAACUUGCAUCCCAGUAUUUCCGAGACUUCUCCCAGCACAGAAUCUGGUGCCCAGAAGGAAUCCCUUUCACCUAAGCUUGCUUCAAAUGCUGAACCUGUUGAGGCUCUAACAGAAACGUUUGCCAGCCGUCAUGACACAAAUUACGUAGCUGAAUUACAGGGUAACUUGAGUUUUGAUGUAAAGGAUGAUCUUUCUAAUUCUGAAGUUGAUGUGUCUCAACUCUGUCCAGCUGAUGGGUCAUCUGAGAAUCACCCAGAAUUAGAACAGGUUGUGGUGGAAGAUAUGAGAACUAACAUUUGUGAGGAGUCUGUUUCAGAUGAAGUUGAUGAUAUUGUACUGCGGCAAACAGAGAAUGCUGACGGUCAGUGUCACGAUGGUUUGUCUGUUGAGACUCAUGAGAGCAAAAGAGCUGAAGAUAAGGUUGAUGUUUUAAAUGGUGAAUUAAAUAAACAUCUAUCCAGCACAAUUGCUGGAACAUCUAAAAAGGUGGCAGAUCUGGAGUUAGUUGCCGAAGAGAACACAGGGAAGAUAAACGAUGGCUCAGUAGAUGCAGGUCAGGUGGCAGAAAAGUCCGAGGAUAUGGAAAUCCGAGAUCUUACUGUUGAAGGACAAGAGAGUAAGGAAACUGAUGCCACAGGAGAUACUUCAACAUCAAAAAAUGAGGUGGAAUCACAAUCUGCUGUUGUAGAAAAUAUAGGAAGGAUGUAUAACAAGUCAGUAGCAUCAGGGGAGGUAACAGCUGCUGAACUUCUGAUAGAAGGGUCUGAGCAUUUGCAUGUCCUAGACCAUGCAAUUGAAGUACAAGGUAACAAAGCAUUUGAUGCCAUUAGAGAUGCUUCAGAAUCAAAUUCUGAGCUAAAUGAAGCUCAACCUGGUGGAACAUAUCAAAUUGGGUCAGAGUUACAGUUGGUUGCGGAACAAGACUCUGAGACAAUGAACAAGAAGAUUACUUUACCUGAUGCUACAGCUGUUGAGCCCCAACCAGCUGUCUCUGAGAAUUUGAGUAUUCGAGAUCCUGCACAUCAAGGACCAAAGAACCAAACAUCUGAUCCAACUGAAGAUUUUUCAACUUUAAAUAGUGAACUUAAUGAAUCUCAACCGAAAGCUGCAGAUGGAACUUGUGAAAUAGCAGCGGAGUCUCAUUUGGUUUCCAAACAAAACAUAGAAAUUCAUGUGGAGGUUGCUACAGGGGAUGUUAUAGCCAAGAAUGCUGCAGUAGGGAAGUCUGAAAAUUUUCCAUCGAUAGAUGUUGCUGUUGAAGAAAAAGGGAAGAAAGAAUCUGAUGUAACAUAUGAAAUUUCUGAUUCUGAACUCAAAGAACCUAAAACCAGUCAAACCACAAUUGAAGUGAAGACACAUACAAUAUGUGAGGAGUCGGGAAUGACUGACAAGGAUGUUACAGCUGAGAAUGCUGCAGUAGGUAAGUCUGAAAAUUUUCCGUUGAUAGAUGUGGCUGUUGAAGAAAAAGGGAAGAAAGAAUCUGAUGUAACAGAUGGAAUUUCUGAUUCUGAACUCAAAGAACCUAAAACCAGUCAAUCCACAAUUGAAGUGAAAACACACAUAGUAUGUGAGGAGUUGGGACUGACUGACAAGGAGGUAGCUCCACGUGAAGUUGAAACUCCAUUCAGAGAUUUGUCUGGUUCUUCUGGCAGAGACUUGGCAGUUGAAGGACAAGAAAAAGAGAAGUCUGCUGCAAGUAAAAAUGUUUCUAGCCCUGAGAAUGAAGAGCAUAAAUGUAGUCCAGGUGCAAGACCUGCUUAUAAUGGGGCAGAAUCACAAUUGGUUGCUGAGAGGGACUCUGAGACAGUUCUGACCAAGGAAGUAUUUUCAGGCAAAGAAGAGAUCUCCAGUAUAAAGCUAGCUGGUGAUGAAGAUGUGCCAACUGCUAUAGAGUAUGGUGAUCAAGAACUAUCGUCUGCUACAGGGGCUGGUGAUGAUUAAACUAUGGCCACUGCAAUUACUGAUGCUUGAUCUGGUGUUUCUCCUGUAUUUCAGGCAGGCAGUACGUGGAAUCAUGCAAUCUUAUUUAAAAUGCACUUGUGAAGAGGUUGCAUUUUGACAAUCUUGGGAGGGUAGGGACUUGUAUAAAUAGCAAUAGUUCCUCAAGGAUCUUAAGAAUUUCAUUCGGAUCUCGCAGCAUAAGUUGUGCAUUAAUCUUUGUUGUCAACAAGUAUCUACUUAGCUUCUUUUGACCGUAUCAGGUGAUGGAUGAGCUGGAUUUAGCAUGUCCUUAGCAUUAUGGAAAUCUGCAUCUUCAAAGCGGAUGGUUCAGGCAAAACUCUUAGAUUUAUAUAGUAAGGAAACUGGUUGGGACACUAAAUUUGCUGUAAAUUGUAAUGUUGUUACCUUCUCUUUCUCUUUCUCUCUCUCUCCUCUCUCUCAAAUAGAUUAUGGUAAAGUUUGAUAGUUUGCAAAUCUUAAAGCGCUCAGUCUAAAGGUUUGCUGUUGGCAAGAUUGACAUGCCUUGUAGUAGGCUUUAAGUACACUUGAACUACUCUUGGUCGCCUAUUUACCAGGGUAUGUUGCUAUAUAGUAAUUUUCAUCUUCUCAA